AAUGAUUUGGGAGGCAACUAGUCAUGUAUGGACCCAAGUAUCGGAUGCUGCAGGCAGUUGGAAUUUCACAUCGGCCAAAACUUUGAAGGCAAUCACAUAUUCAUAUUAGAAAGGAAAGAUUUUUUUUUUUUUCUUUUUUUAAUCGUCUCAACAGCUUGAUGUGUUGAUCGUAGGAAACCCAAUCUUCAUCCUAAAAAAGCGUGCCCCUUUUGCCUUUUCUUUCUUCUUUAUCUCUUAUCAUUGUUAUUCUCACUAUUGAUUCCCGCGAAACAACAAAAAACUGAUAAUUUUGCUGGAGGUCUGUUGUUGCUGCUGCUAACAGUAUCAAGUUACUGAUACAUCCAAGUAGUAUGGACUCAGCUCAACGUCGCAUUCAAGCCAUUAAUGCUCAUAUUAUUGCCGCCGAUGACUCUCCUUCUCAGCUCCGUCUCAACCACACGGCUGGCGAGUUCUUCUCCGAGCAAGGUUACAGUGUUGUGCUUCCGGAGAAGUUACAGACAGGAAAAUGGAACGUAUACAGGUCUAUCCGUUCUCCUUUGAAGCUUGUGAGCAGAUUUCCCGAUCAUCCUGAUAUUGGUACAAUGCAUGAUAAUUUUGUGCGAUCUGUUGAUGCUUUCCGAGAUUACAAUUACCUGGGCACACGAAUUCGGGUUGAUGGAACAAGUGGAGAGUAUAAAUGGAUGACAUAUGGAGAAGCAGGUACUGCACGGACAGCAAUAGGUUCUGGCCUAGUGUAUCAUGGAAUGCCAAAUGGAUCUUGUAUCGGAUUAUAUUUUAUCAACAGACCAGAAUGGAUCAUUGUUGAUCAUGCCUGCUCUGCAUAUUCCUAUAUAUCAGUUCCUUUAUAUGACACUCUGGGUCCAGAUGCUGUCAAGUAUAUUGUAAAUCAUGCUGAUGUACGGGCUAUAUUUUGUAUGCCCCAAACUUUGACCCCUUUGUUGAGUUUCUUAUCUGAAAUUUCAACUGUAUGUCUGAUUGUGGUUGUUGGAGGGAUGGAUGAUCAAAUGCCAUCUCUUCCAUCAUCAAAUGGAGUUCAAGUUAUAACAUAUUCAAAACUUCUUAGCCAGGGCUGCAGUAAUCCUCAGCCUUUUUGCCCACCAAAACCUGAAGAUGUUGCUACAAUUUGCUACACAAGUGGUACAACAGGGACACCAAAGGGAGCAGCAUUGACCCAUGGAAACUUGAUUGCAAAUGUUGCUGGGGCCAGUAUUACUACUAAAUUUUACCCCUCAGAUGUUUACAUAUCAUAUCUUCCUUUGGCACACAUUUAUGAACGGGCAAACCAGGUCAUGACAGUAUAUUAUGGAGUUGCUGUUGGAUUCUACCAGGGAGAUAAUAUGAAACUAAUAGACGAUAUGGCUGCUCUAAGACCCACAAUCUUUUGCAGUGUUCCUCGACUGUAUAAUAGAAUAUAUGCUGGUAUUACUAAUGCUGUAAAGACAUCUGGUGCAUUAAGGGAAAGGUUGUUCAGUGUUGCCUACAAUGCUAAGAAGCAAGCAAUUCUGAAUGGCAAGAAUCCAUCUCCAAUGUGGGACAGAUUGGUGUUCAAUAAGAUAAGGGAGCGACUUGGUGGACGAGUUCGUUUCAUGGCAUCAGGUGCUUCACCCUUGUCUCCUGAUGUCAUGGAGUUCUUGAAGAUCUGCUUUGGUGGCCGUGUAGCUGAAGGAUAUGGAAUGACUGAGACUUCUUGUGUUAUAAGUUCCAUGGAUGAGGGUGACAACCUAAUUGGCCAUGUUGGCUCUCCUAAUCCAGCCUGUGAAAUAAAGCUUGUGGAUGUUCCAGAGAUGAACUACACAUCUGAGGAUCAACCCUAUCCUCGUGGAGAAAUCUGUGUAAGGGGUCCCAUUGUUUUCCAAGGCUAUCAUAAAGAUGAAGCACAGACGAGAGAAGUAAUUGAUGAAGAUGGAUGGCUACAUACUGGAGAUAUAGGACUAUGGUUACCUGGGGGUCGUCUGAAGAUCAUUGAUAGAAAGAAGAACAUUUUUAAGCUGGCACAGGGAGAGUACAUCGCUCCAGAGAAAAUUGAGAAUGUAUAUGCUAAAUGCAAAUUUGUUGCCCAGUGCUUUGUGUAUGGGGACAGCCUGAACUCCUCUCUGGUAGCAAUUGUCUCAGUGGACCAAGAUAUUAUGAAAGCAUGGGCUGCUUCUGAAGGCAUUAAGUAUGACAAUUUGGAGCAACUUUGCAAUAAUCCAAGAGCGAGGGCUGCUGUCCUUGCAGACAUGGAUGCUGUUGGAAGAGAAGCUCAGCUCCGAGGUUUUGAAUUUGCAAAAGCUGUGACUCUAGUGUCAGAACCAUUUUCAAUGGAAAAUAGUCUUCUGACCCCAACAAUGAAGAUUAAGAGACCUCAGGCAAAGGCAUACUUUGAGAACGAAAUAUCGAAGAUGUACGCAGAGCUUGCUACAUCUGAUCUCUCCCCUAAAGGGAAGUUGUGAAGUUGACAAGGAAAGCACAGAAACAUAGAAGCAGGGCCAAAAAUUUCGCAGCCUCCUUCCCAUGGCAAUAAGAUCAACAUCUCCAGAUGUGACAUAGCGAAAGGCUUGGAGCUGUGCUCACUGUCGAAGCAUUCUGUAAUAUGUUAUUGUUCCCCAUUUGCAUUUUUUUUAUGUCCUCGUGCUCUCUGGAAUAGAGUCAUAGGAAAUAUGAUUAUUUUGUCUUGUUCCUCAGUCCAUGGAAGCUUUUAGCAUAAUUUGUUUCCAAAAAAUAAAAUGGGAAAAAGCCAUUAGUGGGCAGAUAUGAGUUUGGCAGUGGUAACGCAUUGCCAUUGACCAUUGCA